AUGGCCACCAAAGCCCUGGGGCAUGAGAAGGUUGAAGCAUUAGCUUUGGCAGCUGCCUUCUUCUUCUUCGUCAUCGUCGUCCUCCUCCUCAUCAUCAUUAUUCCUCGAAAGGAUUCCGAUCCCUUUCCACCACCAUCAACACCAUCAAGGCGUGAAGCAAAGCGCUUUGUUGAUCUAACUGCUGACGAGACCAGUGAUUUAUGGCUCACAGCAAAGAAAAUUGGCAGUCAGCUUGAGAGUUUCCACAGAGCAACAUCACUCACAUUUACCAUCCAAGAUGGGGCGCAGGCAGGACAGACUGUUCCCCAUGUUCAUAUUCACAUAAUCCCAAGGAAAGUUGGUGACUUUGAGAAGAAUGAUGAGAUCUAUGAUGCAAUAGACGAGAAGGAAAAGGAAUUAAAGCAGAAGCUGGAUUUAGACAAGGAAAGGACUGACAGAAGCAUGGAGGAGAUGGUUCAAGAGGCAGAGGGAUACAGAUUGCUGUUUUCGCCACAAAAGAAAGAGCUGGCAGCCCAUGAGGUUAAAAGCAAAGAGACCCACCCAACACAACCCAAAAGGACAGAAAAGAAAGAGCACGUUAAAGCCCAUGAGGUGAUAAGCAAAGAGGCCCCAACCCAAGCAAAAGGGGAAGAAAAGAAAGAGCAGGCUGAAGCUCAUGAGAUUGAAAGCAAAGAGGCCCAACCCCACCCAAAAGGCAAGAAAAGAAAGGGCCAGAAAAGUGAGAGCAGGCUGAAGCCUAGGAGAGUAAAGCCAAUGAGGCCAACCGAAAAGGCCAGAAAAGAGAGAGCAGAAUAUGAAGCCCGCGAGGUUAAAAGUAAAGAGGCCCAACCUAACCCAGAAAGGUCAGAAAGUAGGAGCAGGUUGAAGCCUAGGUGGUUAAAAACAAUGAGGCCCAACAGAAAAGUCCAGCGGGUUGAAGCCUAG